UACAGAGGAUAUUAUAGAUGUACACAUCGAUUCACACGAGGGUGUUUAGCGGUGAAGCAAGUACAAAAAUCAGAUGCAGACCCUUCGUGUUACGAAGUCAAGUACUUAGAGAGUCACACAUGUAACGGCAAUUUACUACUAUCAACCACCAAACACUCUGUUUCUUUGUCCAAAGAAGAAGAACGAAACAGAGUACCUAAGCUACAUCAUGUUAGAGAGCAAUCCGAAGAUACAAUCAAACAUAUGAAAUCUGAAGAAUUGAUGUUAAGUCUCGAUGACUUGGAAAACAAGAAGGAGAUUUUCAGAACGUUUUCAUUUUCAAAUCCCGAGACUGAGAAUACUACUGGCUGGAAAAAUCUGAUGGAGAAUUUUUCUCCUACAACAACAUCAGAAUCUGGAAUCACCAACGAGUUGAUAUCUGCGUCCUCUGCUUCUGUUGCAAAUUCACCCACCGAGGAUUCGUGUUUCUCUUCUUUGAAAAAUAUUCUCGAUUUAAGUUAUGAUUGAUCUUUGAUGUAAUAUAAGUAGCUCUGAUUUUGUAAAUUUGUAAUAGUAGAUUUCUUUGCUU